CUACUAGUACUACUGUAACUAUUAGAUCUAGAUCUAGUAUUAGUAACUAGGAUCUGUCUCUAGAGAGGUCUUAAAUUGCUUAGAAGAAAAAACAAGAUUGAUGGAAUACUUUUGAAUCAAUAUCCGAUAGAAGGUCUCGGUUUCAAGUUGAGUUGAAAGUUCAGUGAAGCAUGAUUUAGUAGAUAUUUUCUACCUUGUAAAGAGGCAGUCACAGCACAUCAUAAGUUGGAUGCAACAUGAAAAAGAUGUUGCCAGGUGUCGGGGUCUUUGGCAACACCGCAGCCAUGAGAUGCUACAUUCCAAUGCUUAAGUCUUGUGGUCUGGAUGUUGUGGCACUUUGGGCCAGAACUGUAGAUGAGGCAAAAGAACUGGCAGAUGAACUUGGAAUAGAAAUGUACACCACUGAUGUUGAUAAGGUUUUACUGCACAAAGAUGUAGAUCUUGUCGUCAUCAGCUGUUCUCCACAUCUACAAGCUCACAUUGCUGCCAAGGCCUUGGGCAUCGGUAAACAUGUCUUGUGCAGCCCUCCUUCUGGUCCUCGCAGCCGGGACACCCUCCCCAUGGUGCAUGCUUCUCGGUACUAUCCCAAGCUGAUGGCACUCAUGUUCAAUGGGCUCCGGUUCCUUCCGUCUAUUGUGAAAAUGAGAGGCCUGAUUAAAGAUGGCUACAUUGGAGACAUUACAAUAUGCGAGGUCAAGGUUCACAAUGGGCAGAGGCUGAGAAACACUUUUGACUGGAUGUGUGAUGAAAUGAUGGGUGGUGGCGUUCUUAAUAUGUACGGAGGGAUGAUUGUUGACAUCCUAACCCAUGUGACAGGUCAGCGUGCAACACGAGUUCAGGGCAUGCUGAAGACAUAUACCAAACAAACAGAAUAUGUCAAAGGUAUACGAGAAAUUACUAGUGACGAUUUCUGUUCAUUUCAAAUGGAACUGGAUGGGGGUGCCUGCGCCACUGUGACACUAAAUGGCCAUGCUCCAGGGCAAUUCAUUCAGGAAAUAAUCAUUGUUGGAACCAAAGGACAGUUGAUAUUGAGAGGAUCUGACCUAUAUGGGCAAAAGAGGGAAAGAGUCAAAGAAGAGCUCUUGAACUUUGACCCUGUAAACUACAAAGACAUUGAAUCUCUCGGAAUCCAUGAGAAAGUGCGUAGCGAAAUACCUGUACCUUAUAUGAAAGGUGUGAUAAGAAUGGUGGAGUCUGUGAGGGAUGCUUUUCAGCAGGUAGAAGAGCGCCAGGGCUGGAGCCCUGACCCCGUCAACUCUGCUGCCACCUUUGAGGACUGUUUCUACGUUCAGACUGUGCUCGACACUGUAAGAGCUGCGAGCAAAGCACGCCAAUCCAUAAAGGUUGUGCUGACAGACACUGAGCCAGAGCCUAAUCCAUUUCUGUCCACAGCUAUGAGACGGAGCACAUUUUCUCUGCAUUAAUGUGUGACCCUUUGCUUGUAUUUAUUAAGUCAUUAUAGGGCAGACCAAAACAAAUGUCAUAAAGUCAUUACAAAUCUAAUAUUAGUAUUAUUCAGAGUUACACAUAUGUAUUGUAUAGUAUUUUAGAAUGUGACCCAGUUUAGGCUUAGUAGAGGUUGAUGAUGUGGAUUUAUUUUUUGUCUGACAACCAAAAAUAUCAAUUGUCACCUGCUUGUACUUUCCUUCACUUAUGACUGGUACCCAAAAGCUUCAUUAUUAGGGAUUUGUUUUGGAACUGCAAAUGCUCUACUGCUCUGAGCUACUUUAAAAGUAAUAUAUAUAUAUAUUAUUUUUAUUCUAUCAUGUCUUAAAAAAAUCUAUACUGAUAUCUUAAGCAAGACUAGUUGGUUUGUUGUUGGUUUUUUUACAAUUUAAGACAUUGCUCAAGGGAGCUAACUAUUUUUUUUCUAAGAUGCUGCUUUUUGGGGAGGGGGUGGUGCCCAUUAAAUAGCUUGUUGUUGCCAGGCGAUGCAUUUUUUUACCCAUCAUACUGUCUUAAAAGAUGGGGAGACAACUUUGUUAAGCUUCAUUCCCCUGUGUUGUUAUUGUUCCAAAUUGACAUAACUGCUACGGUUCUUUGUUAGUUGACACAGUUAUUCUUACCUGUUCUCCUUCAAGUCAAGUAUUUGACUUUGAUAACCCCCAUAGAAAUAGUUCUGUAGAUAGUUCAGUGUGUUCAAUAUAAAUAUCUAUAAUUUGUAUAGAGCUAAAUGUGAGCAGUUCAAUGAAGUAGGAUAUAUUUGUGGCACAGAACUUCAAAUUAUUUGUGAGGAAAUACAGAUCGGCAAUCAAAUUUGUACAAUAUACUCAAUGGCGGAUGCUUCCUUUUUCAAGAUGAACAUGCUGAUGCUGUGCUGAUUGUUUGUCUAUGAAAUUAAUGUAGUUCCAUUUUGUUUUUUAGCCAUGAUGUGUCCACCUCUUAAAUUUUAGUAUGAAACAGACAGUUUGAAUUGUUCUUUUGAAUUAGAUCAUGAAGCUCUAAUCUAGCUAUAAAACUUGAACUAAAAAAUACUAAAGCUGUUAGAAAUAGUUUGGUAACAACCAUGCGCUUUAAUAAUUUUUGUAUGAACUUGUCUUAAAUGUUGUCUAUCAUGAGAGCAUACUCUGUGCUUAUAUCAUUCAGUGAAAUAUUUCUCGAAACUUUUCAACAUCUUAUCCUAAAAUUGUGAUCUUGUUUUUUAGUUUUCUGCACCACAUUCAUUCACACUAUAGUUACUAUUUUCAAGACACUUUUGAAAAUGAGAUAUCUCUAUAACUCUGCAUUCAUUCCCUUAUUCUUCUACGUUGUGUGUUAAUACAUUAAUACUUUUUUUUUUCCAUAUUGUCAUACCAUGGCUAUUGUUGUGCUUUUAGUCUGAAAAAUAUCUCUUACUGUAUGUGCAAUAUUAAAUGUUCAAAUUCUCUGCUGUAAGAAAAAAAAAAAUUCUGUUGUAUUUUUAAUAAUUACAAUAAUUAACUUUGAUAUUCAAAAUUUAAAAAAAAAAAGGAUUUAAAAAUAUUUACAAAAAUAUAGAUCUAAAAACUGAAACAUGAUUAAUUGGUUUCUUAAAUUCUAGAUUUUAAUACAACUUUUAUAUUUGAUGCCGUAAAUAUUAUUUAGAUCUUAAUUCUAUGUAAGUGAAAUCACUUGCAAGCUGUAGAGUUAAUAUUAUGCAGUUUGUUUUCUAAUAUUUUAACAUUACUGACAAAUUGUAUUUAUCACAACCUAAUGGGAACACCCCCCCCCCC